AUGGACCAGAGCCACACUAAGCAAGAAGCUUUGGAGAAACUUUUUGAUCCAAAAGAGUGUUUGAAAACUUAUUAUUCUUUUGACUCCACAAGCAGUGAAAAAAAUGAUAUUUUGAUGUUUCUUCUGAGAAACUUCUUCAAGACCUUCAUUUUGGAUAGCGUUAAAGGCAACACCUUGAUUCGAAUUGGCGGUAUGCCCAGCAUUUUCGAACUCCUCUCUGCCUGUGAGUCCUUCAAGGAGAUCAUCGUCACACACAAUACGGAUCGGAACUGCCAGGAAUUGCAGAAAUGGCUAAAGAAAGAGCCGGGAGCAUUUGACUGGGCUCCAGUGGUGAAAUACGUGUGUGAGCUGGAAGGGGACAGGAAAAAGUGGGCUGAGAAGGAAGAGAAAUUACGAAGAACGGUCAAGCAGGUUCUGGAAUGUGAUGUCACCAAAUUCAACCCUCUGACCUUUGCCUCUCUGCCCCCUGCUGACUGCCUGCUCAUGUGCCAUUGUUUAGUAGCAACUUGCAAAGACCUGAGUACCUACCAUGCUGCACUGAAGAAUGUCAGCUCCCUGUUAAAGCCAGGGGGUCACUUGCUGAUGGUGACCACAAUGAAGUGUACUCAAUUUGUAGUUGGCCAACACAAGUUUCCCUGCCUCUUUCUGGAGAAGGAGGUUCUGGAGGAAGCAGUGAAGGAGGCUGGUUAUGAUAUUUUGAAGUUUGAGGUGUCUCCCACAUGCCAUACAGAUAAUUUGAUAGAGCAUGAGGGGAUCUCUUACCUAGUUGCUGCCAAAGGGAAGGGCAAAGAAGAUUAA